ACCAACAAAAAAAGAAGUGUUUAUUUGCCAGUUGACUAAAACUAUCUUUCAAUAGCCAUGGACUUGACUUUUUCAUGUAAAAAAGAAGACAAAGACUUGGAUCGGUUGAUAAUGGAUAAUGAACUUGACAAGCUCUAUCAAAGUUUUAAUAAUUAUAAGAAAAAGAGGUCCAUGGAUGAUAUAGAUCCUGUAGAUUUUAUGGACAAGUACUUGGCGCAAAAUAAUUAUGAUGCACAAUCCACUAUUAUGCAAAUUUCUAGUGACUUUGAAGCGUUUGAAAGAAAAGAGUUGCCUUCAACAACCAAAACGUCAAUAGAGUUCAAUAACAAUAUUGAUCAAUUGGGAGAAAAUAAUGUACAUGAGUUUGAGAGGAUGGUCGAAGAAAUGGAGCACUCUAGCAUUGUGCAUCCAUCUUACACUCCUUUUGUAUGUUAUAAUGUUGCGUGUUAUGAAGGAGAUGGCGGGCAAUUGAUCAGUGGCUCUUCGAAUUAUGAUCAUGAUGCACAAUCAAGUAGUAUUAUGCAAAUUUCCAAGGAUUUUGAAGAAUUUGAAAGAAUAAAACUUACUCCAGCAACAAAAACAUUAAUAGAUUUCAAUGACAAUACCGAUCAAUUGGGAGAAGAGACUGAAAGGAUGAUUGAGGAAAUGUCCUCAAGUAGCAAUGUACAUCCAUCUUAUAAUGCUUUUGGCCUCGCAAAUGAUUCAUCGAGCCCUGUUAUAAGGUACUUUUUCUGUGGCCAAACUAGCAAUGUGGCUAAGGUUAAUAACCAUCGCAGAAAGAGGCAGAAAAGGAAAUAUAGAGGAGUCGUAAUGAGUGAAGAACAGAGGCUUCUCAAAAUGGCUAAACAAAAAAUUAAGAACAGAGAGGUUGCAGCUAGAUCACAUGAGAUGAGACUGGCUCGUGAAGCAUAUUUGGAGUCUCAACAUUUGGAGCUUCUUAUGCAGAAUGAUUUCUUGAAAAAAAUGGUUACGUUUUUGGAAGAUCAUAAGAGAGUAAAUGUGCCGCCUGAACCAUUGAGGAGGACCAUCUCAGGACCGGUGUUGAUUCAAUGAAAUUAGUGCACAAUGGAAUUGAAUGGGUGGAAAAAGUUAGGUAAGUGAAGAAGCACAAGAGGAAAAUGCCAAGGAAAAAAAAAAGGGAAACAAAAACCUAUCCUUUGUUGGCUCAUAAGUGGCUGAAAAUAACUUAUUUUCAG